AGGAGCGCUGUGCGCCCUGGGUCCUGCGCGGCAGACUCUGCUCUCAGCGACCGCCGCGGUUCCCCAAGAGGCAGACGCUCCAGCCGUCCAAGGCGCGCCGCCGCCGCCGGGUUUGAGGUCCCGAGUCUUGCUCCGUGCUGCCAGCGCUGCCCACAGGAACUCUGUGAGAGGGGCCCCAUCUCUGCUCCAUCUCCUCCUUCCGGAACAUGCCGAUAGAGUUGAUGCAAGAGCUGAAGUUGAUCACGAUGCUAAAAAACAAACAAACAAAAAAACCCAAAAAUUCCUACUUAAAGAUAAAUGGAAGAACGUGUAUGUGAGACAGAUCAGUCAACUGUUCCCACCUGUACCACUUGGAGGAAAGAUAAAACAGAUCAGAGGAGUCUCAGCCUCUGCGUCUGAAAGGAUUGGGCUGAAGGACACAAGCUACAGACGCCGGGGGUCUUCCCCGGUGAUUUCCAUCCACCGGUGACAUGAACGGAGCAGGAAGACACGGGCCCCUCCCCGGCUGACCCCGAAGUCCCGGCUGGCUUCUGGGGACUCACACACGGGUCCCCGUGCACAACGCGCACCGCAUGGGGCUUUCCGGGGCGCCCCGCCGGCAUGGGAGCCACCGAGAGGCCGCCCUGGUCCUUGACUGCCGCGCUGACCCUCAGCUGGCUCACCCUGGCCCGCCUCCCGGGGGCCGCACCCACAGUGGCCACCGAGUGCCCUGACCAGAGCCCCGAGCUGCAGCCCUGGACGCCCGGGCACGACCCGGACCACCGCGUGCACAUCGGCCGGGGCCGGACGCUGCUGCUCACGUCUUCUGCCACGGUGCAUUCCGUCCACAUCACAGAUGGAGGCAAGCUGGUCAUCAAGGACCAUGCGGAGCCGAUUGUCCUUCGGACCCGGCACAUUCUGAUCGACGAGGGCGGGGAGCUGCACGCGGGCAGCACGCUCUGCCCCUUCCAGGGCGACUUCAGCAUCGUUCUGUACGGCAGGGCGGACGAGGGCGUGCAGCCGGACCCCUACUUCGGCCUCAAGUACGUGGGCGUGGGCCGCGGUGGCACGCUGGAGCUGCACGGCCGCAGGAAGCUGUCCUGGACCUUCCUCAACAAGACGCUCCACCCGGGCGGCAUGCAGGAGGGCGGCUACUUCUUCGAGAGGAGCUGGGGCCACCGCGGAGUCAUCGUCCACGUCAUCGACCCCAAGUCGGCCACGGUCCUCCAUUCUGACCGGUUCGACACCUAUCGAUCCAAGAAGGAGAGCGAACGUCUGGUCCAGUAUUUGAACGCGGUGCCCGAGGGAAGGAUCCUCUCCGUCGCGGUGAAUGAUGAAGGUUCUAGAAACCUGGACGACACGGCCCGGAAGGCGAUGACCAAACUGGGCAGCAAACAUUUUCUGCACCUGGGAUUUAGGCACCCUUGGAGUUUUCUGACUGUGAAGGGGAACCCCUCCUCUUCGGUGGAAGACCACAUCGAAUACCACGGACACCGAGGCUCGGCCGCCGCCCGGGUGUCCAAGCUCUUCCAGACGGAGCACGGCGAGCAUUUCAACGUGUCCUCGUCCAGCGAGUGGGUCCAAGGUGAGGCGCGCGGGGCGACCCGGCAACACCCAGCGGGGGGUUACAGGCCAGGGGUCACCGUCUCUGCAGAACAAGGACUUUCCUCUGGCACCAGCAGACCCCCAGGACAGCAAAGCGGCCUCGUCCACGCUCACGAGAGGCGAGAGAAGCAGGAUUCCAGCCCUUUCCAGAAGGCGCCCAACACGUCCAUCGGCCAGGAGUCCGAGGCCGUUGCAGAUAGUCGUGCAGCGGGGACGGUUUUAGUUUGUGAGCGUACAUUUAGAACGUUAAUCACCGCCUUCCUUCUUCGUUACAAAAAAAAAACCGGCUCGCCCUGUAAUUUCCUUUGUCGUUCCCAGGCCACGACGGCGGACGGCGUCGGCCUCAGCGCCGAGGUCGUCUACAAGAAAGGCCAGGAUUACAGGUUCGCCUGCUACGACCGCGGCCGGCCCUGCCAGAGCUACCGCGUGCGCUUCCUCUGCGGGAAGCCUGUGAGGCCCAAGCUCACGGUCACCAUCGACACCAACGUGAACAGCACCAUCCUGACCCUGGAGGACGACGUGCGGUCGUGGAAGCCCGGAGACACCCUGGUCCUGGCCAGCACGGACUUCUCCAUGUACCAGGCGGAAGAGUUCCAGGUGCUUCCCUGCAAGGCCUGCGCCCCCAACCAGGUCAAGGUGGCAGGGAAGCCGCUGUACCUGCACAUGGGCGAGGAGGUGGACGGCGUGGACAUGCGGGCCGAGGUCGGGCUGCUGAGCCGGAACAUCGUGGUCAUGGGCGAGAUGGAGGACGGGUGCUACCCCUACAGCAAGCACCUCUGCAGCUUCUUUGACUUCGACACCUUUGGCGGCCACAUCAAGUUUGCGCUGGGGUUCCGGGCGGCGCACUUGGAGGGCGUGGAGCUGAAGCACAUGGGGCAGCAGCUGCUGGGCCAGUACCCGAUUCACUUCCACCUGGCCGGCAACCUGGACGGCCGGGGAGGCUACGACCCGCCCACCUACGUCCGGGACCUGUCCAUCCACCACACGUACUCGCGCUGCGUCACCGUCCACGGCUCCAACGGCCUGCUGGUCAAGGACGUGGUGGGCUACGACUCGCUGGGCCACUGCUUCUUCACGGAGGACGGGCCGGAGGAGCGCAACACCUUCGACCACUGCCUGGGCCUGCUGGUCAAGGCCGGCACGCUGCUGCCCUCCGACCGCGACAGCAGGAUGUGCAAGGCCAUCACCGAGGACUCCUACCCCGGCUACGUGCCCAAGCCCAGGCAGGACUGCAAUGCUGUGUCCACCUUCUGGAUGGCCAACCCCAACAACAACCUCAUCAACUGCUCGGCGGCCGGGUCCGAGGAAACCGGCUUUUGGUUCAUCUUCCACCACGUGCCAACGGGCCCCUCUGCGGGAAUGUACUUGCCCGGCCACUCGGAGCACAUCCCGCUGGGGAAGUUCCACAACAACCGUGCCCACUCCAACUACCGGGCUGGCAUGAUCAUAGACAACGGGGUCAAAACCACGGUGGCCUCCGCCAAGGACAAGCGGCCCUUCCUCUCUGUCAUCUCUGCCAGGUACAGCCCCCACCAGGACGCCGACCCGCUGAAGCCCCGGGAGCCGGCCAUCAUCCGGCACUUCACCGCCUACAAGAACCAGGACCACGGCGCCUGGCUGCGCGGCGGGGACGUGUGGUUGGACAGCUGCCGGUUCGCCGACAACGGCAUCGGCCUGACCCUGGCCAGCGGCGGGACCUUCCCGUACGACGACGGCUCCAAGCAGGAGGUGAAGAACAGCCUGUUCGUGGGCGAGAGCGGCAACGUGGGCACGGAGAUGGUGGACAACAGGAUCUGGGGCCCCGGCGGCCUGGACCACAGCGGGCGCACCCUCCCCAUCGGCCAGAAUUUUCCGAUCAGAGGCAUCCAGUUCUACGACGGCCCGGUCAACAUCCAGAACUGCACUUUCCGGAAGUUCGCGGCGCUGGAGGGCCGGCACACCAGCGCCCUGGCCUUCCGCCUCAACAACGCCUGGCAGAGCUGCCCGCACAACAACGUGACGGGCAUCACCUUUGAGGACGUCCCGAUCACUUCCAGAGUGUUCUUCGGAGAGCCGGGGCCCUGGUUCAACCAGCUGGACAUGGACGGGGACAAGACGUCCGUGUUCCACGACGUGGACGGCUCCGUGUCCCAGUACCCCGGCUCCUACCUCACCAAGCACGACAACUGGCUGGUGCGGCACCCGGACUGCAUCGCCGUGCCCGACUGGCGGGGCGCCAUCUGCAGCGGGCACUACGCACAGAUGUACAUCCAGGCCUACAAGACCAGCAACCUGCGGAUGAAGAUCAUCAAGAACGACUUCCCCGGCCACCCCCUGCACCUGGAGGGCGCCCUCACUCGCAGCACCCACUACCAGCAGUACCAGCCCGUCGUCACGCUGCGGAAGGGCUACACCAUCCACUGGGACCACACGGCGCCCGCGGAGCUCGCCAUCUGGCUCAUCAACUUCAAUAAGGGCGACUGGAUCCGUGUGGGGCUGUGCUACCCGCGGGGCACCACCUUCUCGGUCCUCUCGGACGUGCACAACCGCCUGCUGAAGCAGACGUCCAAGACGGGCACCUUCACCAGGACCCUGCAGAUGGAGAAGCUGGAGCUCGGCCACCCCGGCAGGAGCCACUACUACUACUGGGACGAGGACUCAGGGCUGCUGCUCCUGAAGCUGAGGGCCCAGAACGAGAGGGACAAGUUCGCCUUCUGCUCCGUGAAAGGCUGUGAGCGGAUCAAGAUCAAGGCCCUCCUCCCCAGGAACGCCGGCGUCAGCGACUGCACGGCCGCGGCCUACCCCCGCUUCGCCGAGAGGGCCACGGUGGACGUGCCCAUGCCCCGGAAGCUCUCUGGUCCCCAGCUGAAGACCGGCGACCGCUUCCUGGAGGUGAAGAUGGAGAGCUCCCGGCAGCACUUCUUCCACCUGCGCAGCGACGGCGCCUACAUCGAGGUGGACGGGCGGAGGUACCCCGGCACGGAAGAUGGCAUCCAGGUGGUGGUGGUCGACGGGCGCCAGGGCCACGUGCUGAGCCACACAAGCUUCCGGAACGCCGUCCUGCAGGGCAUUCCGUGGCAGCUCUUCAACUACGUGGCGGCCAUCCCCGACAACUCCAUUGUUCUCGUGGUGUCCAAGGGAAGAUACGUCUCCAGGGGCCCGUGGACCCGCGUGCUGGAAAGGCUGGGGGCGGACAAGGGCGUCAAGCUGAAAGAGAAAAUGGCUUUCGUGGGCUUCAAAGGCAGCUUCCGGCCCAUCUGGGUGACUCUGGACACUGGGGACCACAAGGCCAAAAUCUUCCAGGUCGUGCCCAUCCCUGUGGUCAGGAAGAAGAGACUGUGAGGACAGCUACCACCCCGCGCCCCCGCGGUGGACUGUGACAGCGACUUUGGUGGCAGCCCGGGGCAGGACGGCCGGUCCCCCAGCCCUGCCCAGCGGCUGCCUGGGAAGGCCGAGUGUCGGCCCCGACGGGCAAGGGGCGGACGUCGGGGACCCUGGUGCUGCCACCUGCCCCCACCCAAGUGUCUACCUGCAGCCCCGGGGGCGGCGUUGGCCCCUGCGGGGAGCCUCCUCUCCCUGCGGCCUCUCGGGUGCUUCUCCCACCUGUGCCUCUCCGGCAGGGCGUGCGGGGGCGACAGGCAGAGACCCGUGUCCCGCUGGCUACAGAGGUCCCCGGCCCGCUAGGAUGUGGCCGGGAGGGCCAGCCGCUCACUGAUCCCGUGGUCCCUGCAGACACCUGAGGGCAGUGGACGCAGGAAGGGAGCCCUGGCUUUAAGGCAACCUCAAUCCCUGUGGGCAAGAACCGGCCUCACGGGAGUGGGAGCCGCUGCCCGUGGGGAGGGGGCCAGCCCUGCCUCCGGCCGUGCCCCACUGCUCAGGAGACCGGGAUUGGGACUAGGUGACUGUCAAAGGCCCGUGCGGCUCUGAGAGUCCAGAAGUCAGUGGCUUUUCACUUUGUCCGUGGGACCCAGCAGUGGGUGGGAACAUUCUCUGCAGCCACAUCCACGAUGCUGGGGCCCCGGGCACACGGGUGGAGCCAGGAGGACGGCCCCGGGCUAAGGCUUGCAGGCUGCUGGGGGCAGUCAGGGCUUUGCACGCUGACACCAGGCAGAGCCACAGGGAGGCACGGGAGAGACCGGCACCCAUCCGGGGGGAGGAUCGCACGGCUCGGUGGCCGGGAAGGCUUCCUGUAGGAGGCGGCAGUGGUGCAUUUUGCAAAUGAAGGGUGGGGCGCUUUGACGGGAGAGGUGAGGCGGCCUCUGGAGUGUCUCAGGGCUGAGCCCUCCCUGCCAACACAGGGCCACCCUUUGCCCUGGGCUCGCUGCCCUCCACGCCAGAGGGGAAGAGGGGCUGGGCUGCCAUGCCCACGGCACUGAGGGACUCCGUGCCCAGCUGGCCCUGCCUGUGACUCCGGAAGGCUGGACGCAGGUCCCCGGGGGUAAGCUCCCGCCCUGGGGCCUCAUCCGCACUCCCCCCAGGGAGCCGAGCAGGGAACUCACCUGGGGGGCCCCAGGACGUGCUCACACCCUGAGCUCGCGAUGUCAGAGCGGACAGGGCUUAGGAAAGAUCUAGUCCAGAGCCUCUGCAGUACAGACGGGAAAACGGGACCCGAGACGGGAAGAACCACACGGCCAGGGCAGGGCCCUGGGAGCCCCUCCCCCAGCAGCACUCGCUGCCCCACCAGACAGCUGGACAGCCGCCCAGAGCACCCGGCGCCUCCUACCGAGGUAGUUUCCCAAAACUGAGACAAGCCCCCUUGAGGGGAAGAAAAUAACCAGAACAGAGCGCUGCUGUCUCCUUCCGGCUCCUCUGCGCACACGACCCGCCCUCCCCCAGGUCCUGGGCGCCUGGCCUCACCGGGUGCCCACAGCCCGUCGUCCCACUGGUGCUACCUGGCCCUGCAGCGCUGCAGGCCCAGCCCUGGUCCUGCCAGCCCCUGCUCCCCGCUGGGCCACUCCAGCGAGGGCCGAAAGGCUCCCGGGAGAGGAAAGCCUGUCUGUGGCUCUCGCUCCCACGAGGCCCCGGGCCACACUUGUCCCGUGUUCCUGCCCGGCUGCACCUGAGGCUCAGCCUAGCGUCCCCGGGUGGGUGGAGCCAACUGCCGGAGGGCUCUUCCCCACCCAGCCGUCUUCCUGCCGCUGGGAGGUGACAAGGGGACUUUUAAGAUACGGCUGCUCCAAUGGCCAAAAUCACAGGAAGGACCUCGUCCGGGGAGAUUAGCGGUGACCUCAUGUCCUUCUUGUCUGCAGUUCGUUGGGUUUUGGAACUCAGUGGGUGCCAGGGUCUCACACUGUGAACCACUUAGGAUGUGACUGCUUCCAGGUGGCCAGGAAUGCUGAACGUCUUUGGCUCAGUUUAUUUCAAAAAAAAAAAAAAAAUAUAUAUAUAUAUAUAUAGAGAGAGAGAGAGAGAUUUGAAAGUUCUCAGAGGUUUUCGUGUUUAGCGGGAUCUGCACAUGAAACUUCCUUUCCUGAGCUACUCACCGAGAGCCAGCGUCUAGGCGUUUUUCUUGGUAGCACAAAUGUUCUUCUUGCUUAGAAAAUGGUUCUUGUCGUACUUCGCGAGAGUUAGAGCGAGGCAGGCCUUCGUGGAAAACAACAUUCCUCCGAAACGCUCUCGUCUUUCCACUGUCGCCGAAAUAGCUGGUCCUUUUUCGGGAGUCCGCUGUGCCCUGUGUUCUGUGUGUCACCUUCCUUGCGGGCGUCACCGUGAACAAAGAAAUACUUUCUAUUUAUUUAUUAUAUGUGCACUUCUAGAAGUCACUGUCAGAGAAAAUGAAGAAUUAUCUUGAACGUCCUGUUCGGGGAUGUCCUUUGUACGUUUGGAGGGCGUGCGCCCAGCGCCGGGCACGCCAGCUCUGGCUUGGAAAAUCUCGACGCACCGUAGUAAACACACGAAGGAUGUCA